AUGCGACUCAUUCACGUUUGCGUCUUUUUCGUGUCUUUAUUGACGCCAAUUGCAUGCACGAGUGACGUGGUACCCACCAUAUAUCCUAUUCCAUUGCAAAAUGAGACCGUAGUGCCGGAGGAACACAAGAGUCUGCCAUUGGCGGGGAAAUGUUGCCCCAUAGGCGAGGUCCUUGCAAAAGAUAGGAACAAAAAUACCGUUUGCGCCUCCUCGAACGACACGGUGUAUUUUUCACCUUUCUUCAGCAACUUUAAUCGCACCGGCGCGCUGGUGCCCGGCGACGAAUAUAAGACAUUCGUCGCUAUCGUGGGAAAUCCCUGCAGUCUAAAGUACAUGCUAGAUCCGGAUGAAAGCGAGGAUGAGUAUUACUUAUUGAUGAAUGGUUCCAUCUUCGCGCCGCGAAUCGAUCACGUACCGAUUAUGCUGAUGCCCGGCAAAGAUUACUGUAUGGAGGUCGUGCCCGAGCUGGGACUUAGGGCAUUCGUUUGUUUUCAAGACAUCGCCGUCCCUACCACGGAUGCGCGAGUCAUCAUUUACGCCUGCGGGCUCCUAAUCUCAGUUCCUUUUCUGAUACUCACCAUCGCGGCAUACGCGAUAACGCCGAGGUUGAGGGACGUCCAUGGGAAAGCCCUUUGCCACUAUUGCGGCUGCUUGGCACUGGCCUUCACCACUUUGGCCAUUACGCAACUGACAAGCGAGCAAUUAGCACCUCAAGCCUGCGUUAGCAUAGCAUUCGUCAUCCAAUUCUCCUUCGUGGCCUGCUUCUUCUGGCUGAACGUGAUAUGCAUCGAAACGUGGUCGUUGGUACGCCAUCACGUGAAGCAGUGCGCGCAGAGGAGAAUCCAGCCUAAAAUGCUGUUUUUCUACUACUCGAUAUGGGCCUGGGGCUGCCCAGCGGUCCUCAUUCUCGUCUCGAUGGCAAUGGAUCUCAGUCCUACAAUACCCAUGACCUACGUCAAGCCCGCUUUCGGUAGCGAGAGCUGCUGGUUCAAGUCCGACGCGGAAGCCAUGCCGUACUUCUACGUGCCGGUCGGUCUCCUUUUGUUGACGAACACGGUUCUCUUCGUAAUCACUGCCAUCAGGAUCAGCCGCUACCAGCAAGAGCUCGCACUGAGACGGCUGGCGAGGAAUCAGCAUAUCGAUCGGCACGAUCAAAGGCUCUUCCGCAGACUCAAGCGAACCUUCAUCGUUUGCCUUGUCCUCUUCUUUCUGAUGGGUCUCAACUGGAUGAUGGAAUUAAUCUCCUGGUGGGUCGGCGGCGAUCCCUUCGACUGGACGGCGUUCGAUUUGGUAAACGCGCUUCAAGGUGUCCUCAUCUUCGGUCUGUUCGUCCUGAGAAGGCCCAUCAGGGACUUCGUUUGGCAUCGAAUACAGAAAAUACGGGGGAUAGACACCACGGAACUGGACGUCGGGAGCAUGGACCUGGCGCUACUGCCUGUGAUAAACGGCGAUAUUCCAGAGAGAUCGUUUAAUCAUUCUUAGAAAAGUUCUCAGAAAGAAAGAGAGUGAUCUCUUUCUGAACGUAUAAGAGGACGAUACAUUUAAUGCAGGCGGUUUGGCCGAUAGUGAUAUCGGCUGUAAACCUGAAGCAAUCGAUAAACCGAUAGAUCGGUGGAUGGAAGGAGCCGGGAUCUCAUGACGAUGAUAAAAGUUAUUUUAACUUCGCUGUGUGCAACGGCGAAAUAGAGCGGCCUUCUCGAUGACGCUCGAUGAAGAGACAUGAAAUAUAUAUUCGUGCAAUUUCGUUGCAAACCCACUCGAGUUAGCACGGAAUUAGCCCGCGAGAUCCGACGCGCGGAACUUUCGCCCGAAGGAGAUUAUUUAUAUUUAAUUGAAUCGCAAUCGUGCGUUAUAAGUAAUAGUUCUAGUCUUUUUUUUUUGCAACAUUAUCUGUAAUCAUAAAUAUCAAUCCGCGCGGCGCAUGUUUUAAUUUCGAUUAAAAUGCAUUCACGUAGGGAUACGUACAACGCGACGCCGCGCGCGUUGAAUCGCAGUUCAAUCGUGACGUUAUGUGAAAAUAAAUUCUUUUCUGCAAGGUAACGUGUUACACAACGCAUUAUUCGUCCGCCUCCGCGAAAAUAUAUAGCACAUACUGUGUCGCAUUGUGUUUCUGCGCUAAUUAUACAACCGUGGGGGAAACGAGUAACUGCUAGACCUCACUCAAGGAUCUCAAGUGAUAAGAACGCAAUCGCGGCAUAAUUAUAAAUGUGAGAACCGGCCGUAAUCGUAAAUCGAUGUUUAUCAAGAAUGCUACUUGUUAGUACUAAUUAUGCAUCGUAAAUCGAGAUGUUGCGAUAUUCGUACUGCUUAAAUUCACGCCCCAAAUCGAUGUUCGCGUCAAUAAUGUACCAUUUAUACCUUAUUUGUAUUUACGCGUCGUGCUUACUGUUGAACAACACAGCAACAAUGUUGGUUAAAGCCUUUAUUUCACUCAAGCAUAACGCGUUAUGUUAAUACAUUACACAGUUACGUCCAAACAAGCGCAGGAUAUUGAAUAGGCUACGUCAAAACACGUUCAUACACAACUGUAAGUUCGCCACAACACAUCAACAUCGCGUAUUAUACUGGAUUUGAUGAAAAACAGGUUUUACACAUAUUGUUGUUGCAUCGUGUUGUUAUGUUCUGUAUGUAGCUAGCAUAUAUUAUUUAUUGUCGUGGUAGGUAUUAAUUUAUUGAAUAUAUCAUGCAUAAUAUAGAACGACGAGGCAAAUGAAUCGAAACGAAUAAAAAAUAUUAAUAUCCUUUAUUCUUGCGUUCCCUUUAAAACCAUAGUGUACAUUUGUUCGUUUACUUUUUUUUCGACAGCGCGCUAUAUAUAUACAUAUAACA